UAUUUGUUGUGUGCAUAUGACAUUUGACAGCCGGAGCAUCGUCUGCAUUUCUUUAUACGAUACAGUUUUAAAUAUAUAAUCACAUUUUAUCGCAUAAAUUAGUAUUAAAUAAACGUGGUAUUGUUUUGAAUUGGUCAUUGCUGUAAACGGUAAAUUAGAGAGAAAACACAAUAUUAAUAUCAAAAUGGCAGGAAUUGAAAGCAUGAUUGUGGAAGAAAAACAGCCACCAACCAAACAAAUCGAUCGAGAAAAGACAUGUCCAUUAUUGUUGCGUGUAUUUUGUUCAACGGGUCGUCAUCACUCGCCGGCUGAAUUUCAACAUGGCAAUGUACCAACGAAUGAGUUACAGAUCUAUACAUGGCCAGAUGCUACACUGCGUGAGCUCACUGCAUUGGUGCGUGAUGUAAAUCCCGAAACUCGUCGAAAGGGAACAUAUUUUGAUUUUGCAUUAGUAUCACCCGACCAAUUUGGUCCCGGUUAUCGUAUGCGUGAAAUUGGUGUUACGUGCUCCGGUCAACGAAAUGCCGACGAUUCAUUGUCAUUGGCACAGGCAAAAUUCACAAUCGGCGAUUUCAUGGAUAUCUCAAUAACACCGCCAAAUCGAGUGCCACAACAGCGACGACGACCAUAUUAGGAGAUUCAGAGAGGCAGGCAUAUAUUUGGCUUGUGCGCAUUUUCUAUUCUGCCAACAACAAUCGAAAUACACAUAGUUUUAUCGAUUUUUACUGCGUGACGUGGAUUUUUCUUUUUUUAAAUGUUUAAGUUUUGUUUUUUCCCCCUCGGCAUGAAAUGAAUUUGGAUGAGAUUGAUGUUUCAAAAGCAUUUUUACGCUCAAUGACUGUCACAGCGGAAUAGAAAGACUCAUCAUUUAUUUCUCGGUUUGUUUUUCUCAAUCAUUACAUUCGCAAUAAUAUUUAAAGAAAGAAAAUAGAAACGAAAGUAUUUCAUUUUUAGGCGAUCAUUUUGUAAAAUCUUA